AUGUACUCCGAUACCACAACUCGUGUGACCCAUAACUGUACUCAUUUCCGCUUCAAGUACACUAUCAUUCUCUUUGUCCUCCUUUCUCUAACUCUAAUCACACGCCACAUAGCCAUCCUCACUUUUGGUCUAGCUUGGUUCUUUCUCUGUUUUGCUCGGAAAAAUGUGCUGACCAUCAUCAUAUUUACAGUUUAUGACGGCGUAAUGGCGGUACUUCUAAUUGGUUUUACAAUCGCUUUGCUAACUGUCACUGGAGUUUGGCUCAGUGUUCAUCACCACCGAUGGAUUUAG